AUGUCGACGAUGCGCGCGAUCGGUGUGAAGGGCGGCAAAGGCCCCGCCACUUCCCUCUUCGUAGAUGAAAUCGCCAAGCCGGUCCCUGUGCCCGGGCAGGCACUCGUCAAAAUCAAGGCCUUCGGAUUGAACCGAAUGGACUUGCUGCAGCGCGAGGGACUGUAUCCUCUCCCACCGCAGGCGCCUUCCACUCUCGGUGUUGAGUUUUCAGGUGUUGUGGAGGGGCUUGGAGGCGAUGGAGCUUGUGAUUUCAAGGCCGGGGAUGAGGUCUUUGGACUUGCAUACGGAGGUGCUUACGCGGAGUACAUUGUUGUGUCGACUAAGAUGCUGGUCCAUAAGCCAGCUCAUCUGUCAUGGGAAGUCGCAGCUGGUAUCCCAGAGACCUGGAUCACUGCUUCGCAGGCUCUCUUCCUGAUUGGCGACUUCCAAGCUGGCCAAUCCGUACUGUGGCACGCCGGAGCUUCAUCGGUUUCCAUCUCGGGCAUUCAGCUCGCCAAGGCCGAGGGCGCCAAAGCCAUUUAUGCCACAGCAGGAUCACAGGAGAAGUGCGACUUCCUGGAGAAGGAGCUGGGAGUGACCAAGGCGUUUAACUACAAGACCCAGGAUUGGGCCGCAGAGAUUCUCAAGGCUACGGACGGCGCAGGUGUCAAUUUGACCGUUGAUUUUAUCGGAGCCACUUACUUCCAGGGCAAUUUGGAUGUGGCCGCGCGCGAUGGUCGCGUGGUGCUGUUGGGUCUGAUGGGUGGAGGCAAGUUGCCCGACGGGGUGAACAUUGCGCCUUUGUUGUUUAAGCGGAUCCGGGUGGAGGGAAGUACCUUGCGUAGCCGGGAUGUUGAAUAUCAGCAGAAGCUGAGGGAUACCCUGGUGUCACAUGCGCUGCCCCGAUUUGAGGACGGAACGUUCAAGGUAUUUGUGGAAAAGGUGCUGCCUUUUGAGCAAAUUAUGGAGGCGCACCAAUUGCUGGAGAGCAACACCACUAAGGGAAAGAUCAUCUGUGUGAUUUGA